AUGUCCACUGGAAUCACCAUAACGAAAAAGGAGACGACCAAAGAGAAGGCAAAGAAAACCAUAGAUGAUGAAGAAUUUGAAGAGUUCCCCGUACAAGAAUGGGCGGAGAAAGCUGAGAAUGGCGACGAUGAGGAAAUGAACGUGUGGGAGGACAAUUGGGACGAUGAAACACAUGAAAGCGAUUUCUCAAAGCAAUUGAAGGAAGAAUUGAUGAAGAGUGGUCAUACUAUUGCAUAA